AUGGCUGAAAGUAAGGAUGAGCUCGUGCAAAAAGCUAAGCUAGCAGAGCAGGCUGAGCGCUACGACGAUAUGGCUCAGUCUAUGAAGAAGGUUACGGAGCUAGAUGCGGAACUUUCGAAUGAAGAACGCAACCUCCUUUCCGUUGCGUAUAAAAAUGUAGUGGGAGCUCGUCGCUCGAGCUGGAGGGUCAUCUCUUCGAUUGAGCAGAAAACUGAGGGUUCCGAGAAGAAGCAGCAAAUGGCAAAGGAGUAUCGCGAAAAAAUCGAAAAGGAGCUACGAGAUAUUUGUCAGGAUGUUCUUAAUCUUUUGGACAAAUAUCUUAUUCCCAAAGCCGGUAAUCCUGAGUCGAAGGUUUUUUAUCUGAAGAUGAAGGGUGACUACUAUAGAUACCUAGCUGAAGUUGCUUCUGGAGAAAGCAGGAGUUGUGAGUUUCUUGAACAUGUCAAUAAUGUAUAA